AACGAACAUAAAGCAGGUUCCAGAAAUCCUCAAACCCUAUUGGACCUUUCGUGAUGAGAUCACCACCGAAGAUGGUAUAGCAAUGAAAGGCCAACGUAUUAUCAUCCCCCAUAGUAUGCAGAGCAUGAUACUUACGAAGCUUCACGCAGGUCAUCAAGGGUCCGAAAAAACUAAAUUAAGAGCACGAACAUCGGUUUACUGGAGAGGAAUGAACAGUGACAUUGAGAAGUCGUGCAAAUCGUGCAAUACAUGUCAAGAAAUGCAGAACAGUCAACCCAAAGAGCCACUUAUCCAGACAGAGGUACCGCCAGGUCCAUGGCAUACCAUCGGCACGGACUUAUUUUACCUAGACGGAGCGGAAUACUUAUUGGUCGCUGACUACUACUCAAAAUACCAGUUCGUGCGAGAGGUACCAAAAGGGAAGAGCAGCAGUAGGACAAUCGCGAAUUUAACGAAAGAAAUUUUCAGCGAACAAGGAGUACCCAAAAUCGUAAGAUCCGAUAAUGGGCCCCACUUUGAAGGACAAGCAUAUAAAGAGUUCGCAAAGCAAUAUAAUUUCCAACAUACCACAAGCUCACCACACUACCCCAGAAGCAAUGGGUUUAUUGAGAGCCAAGUCAAGACUACGAAAAAGACAAUGAAAAAAGCAAGAGCAACCAAUACAGACCCACUCAUGGCUUUGUUAUGCUUACGGGCAACUCCAAUCAACAGCACUCUUCCAUCCCCAGCUGAGCUCUUAUUUGGUAGACCAAUCCAAGACAACCUGCCAAAGAAAAUACCGAAAGGAAAAACAACUGAGGAGGUGACUAGCAGAUUAUUACAGCGGCAAGCUACGCAGAAAUACUACCAUGACAGAAAUACAAAACCGCUCCAACCAUUAAAACCUGGUCAAAGCAUAAACAUCCAAGACCCAAGGACACAAACCUGGAAACCCGCAGAGAUAAAAGAGAAAAUUCAAGAAGUACCCCGAUCUUACAUUAUCACGAAACCAGGAGGAGGAGAAAUCAGACGAAAUCGAACACAGAUACGAGAACGCCCACAAGAUCCAAUGGAACAAGCAUAUCAACAACCCUGUGAGAAAACACUAGACAACCCCGAAACCCCGUUCCCUAAGAGCACCCAAGAAAGCCACCAAUACACAACGCGUAGCGGCAGAAUAGUAGUACCCCCAACACGUUUAGAUAUGUAGAAAGAAAUUGAACACAAGACGACAGUCUGUAAAUGACUUGUUAUUAUAUAUAUACAAAACAUCUUAUCUUAUUGAUAUCUAAAAGAAACUAUAGUACUAUACUGAAACUCAAGGAACUAUAAACUUUCAUAUUAAUGUUAGGGAAAGGAGGAUGUAAUGAUAUACUUCCGGUUUGAGACCCCCCAUGGGGCCUCGUGUUGUUGUUGUACUUAUCUUGUAAAAAUACAAAGCUCGAAG